AUGGAGAAUCAUGGCAACAAAGAAAAGCCUUGUGUAGCUUGUGAAGAAACACAUCCUAUUUGGCAAUGUCUAAUAUUUAAGGCGUGGUCUGGUGACAAGAAAUGGGAAAUUGCUAAACGUGCUGGAUUGUGCUGCCGAUGCCUUGGAGAUAAUCACCUUGGAAAAGACUGUAAGCAAGUCGAGUUUGCCCAGUCACAGAGUGCAACAAGAAUCACCACCAAUUGUUAUGUGAAGUACCAAACCCAAAACCACCAAUCCAAGACCCACCACCUGCCAUGGAAGGGGAUGCCGGUGACAAAACCACUAUGGAGACAGUUGACAAACAUGAAGGGAAGUCAGUAGCUCUUCGGAUAGUGCCAAUAAUUCUGAAAAAUGAUAAGAAACGACUACUAGUGAACUGCUUUCUGCAUGAGGGAAGCGAUACUACAUAUGUAAACGAGGAUGUUAUCGAGCAGCUUGGACUUCAAGAAGAGAAAGAACCAGUGACCAUACAAUUCGCUAAUGCUCAGCAAGUUACCUUUAUGUCUGCAAUAGUCGAGAUCGGAAUUGAAAGUGUAGAUGGAAAAGUGGACAGUGUCAUUGUUGCUAAGACAUCUUGA